CACUCCUGAUUAGACGUGGGAUGUGGUGGCAGCAGCCCCCAGUACUGAGAGGACUAGGACCCUGGGACCCCUGCUGAAUGAGAUCUGUCCAGGCAGCUCCUCUCCCUGACCAAGUGGGGGCGCUCGUGUGGCUGGCAGGGAGCCCGGGUCCAGGCCUGAGGGCUCAGGGCGAGCAGCGCGAUUGGGCUGUCUCUGGUCUUCAGAAUCCGCCACAGAAAUUUGACACCUCUGGGCUUGGAAGCAGCUCCCUCCUCCUUCCCCGCUGCUUAUAAACCUCAGCCCUGAGGCUCCAGCUCACUCUACCCUAUCUCCUUGCCCGGUCAGCCCUGACAAAGGUCAGCUAGCCCCUUGAGGACAUCAGCUUUGGCCUCAGGGUCCUAAUGGCAGCAGAACCACUGACAGAGCUAGAGGAGUCCAUCGAGACCGUGGUCACCACCUUCUUCACCUUUGCAAGGCAGGAGGGCCGGAAGGAUAGCCUCAGCGUCAACGAGUUCAAAGAGCUGGUUACCCAGCAGUUGCCCCAUCUGCUCAAGGAUGUGGGCUCUCUUGAUGAGAAGAUGAAGAGCUUGGAUGUGAAUCAGGAUUCGGAGCUCAAGUUCAAUGAGUACUGGAGACUGAUUGGGGAGCUGGCCAAGGAAAUCAGGAAGAAGAAGGACCUGAAGAUCAGGAAGAAGUAAAGCCGCCUGGCUGAGAUGGGGGUGGGCAGGGCAGGGCUGGUCAGGGCCGAGCAGAACCCCACUCUUCCCAAAUAAAGCUUCCUCCUUGAAACACAAA